CAUGCGUACAUCUAAUUCUCUCUUCCGGCUUCGUUCUGAAACCCAGAUCACAAUGGCGGCGGGUCAGAAUAUUCCAGAGCUUGGAGGCUAUGAUUUUGAGUUUACAAGUGUAGUUCCCGAUGAUUUUGAAUGCCCUGUGUGUCAGUUAACAAUGAAAGAUCCCAUACAGAUUGGAGGAUGUGGCCACAGACUUUGUAAAAUAUGCUCAGAGAGCUUGUUGAGGAGCCAUUCUCCAAAAUGUCCAGUUGACAGACAGCCUCUUUCACGUGACAAGAUAUUUCCAGAUGUCGCUUUUCAUCGCAAAAUUCUGGAUCUCGAGGUGAAAUGUUCUUACGUUGGGUGUCCUUGGACUGGAGAACUCCGAGCUGUGCAGAAACAUCAGUCAGAAUGCCUGUUCAAAGUGGUGGAGUGUCCAAAUGAAGGAUGUAAAGAGAAGCUCACCAGGCGAGAUAUGAACAAUCACAUGAUAACGGAAUGUGUCUGGAGGGAAGUUAGUUGUGAAUAUUGUCGAGGAUCAUUUAUCGUGAAAAACAAGCAGCAACAUCAUAACGUCUGUCAAAUGUUUCCGGUUCAAUGUGCCAACAAUUGUGGUCUGAGUAAUAUUCCACGAGAAAAGCUCUUGGCUCAUAUUCGUGAUGACUGUCCUUUAACAGAAAUUGAUUGUAAAUACAAGAACAUAGGAUGCCAAAAUGCGGUAUGA